GGCGCGGGGCGGGGCCUCCGCCAUCUUUUCUGCGGUGCGGCAGCGGGGCCCGGCGGCUCUUAAAGGGGGCACGGUGCGGGGUGGGUCCCUCAGGGCGCGGCAUGGAGACCGGAGCGGCACAGGAGGCUCAGGGCAGCCCUGCGCCCCUCUCCGACGCCCCCUGCACGUGCCCCCAGCCCCUGCCCGGGGGUCGCCCGCCACCCCCCGAGUGCCUGCGGCGGCAGAAGCGCCGCGAGCUGGACGCGCGGCGCAGCAAGUGCCGCAUCCGCAUCGGCGGGCACCUGGAGCGCUGGUGCCGCCUCAAGGAGCAGCUCGGAUUCGCCCUGCACUCCCAGCUGGCACAGUUCCUCCUCGACAGGUACAGCUCUCACGGCUGCACCUGGAGCACAGGAGAGCUGGAGCAGCUCCAGCCGGCGGCGCUGCAGCGCCUGGUCGCGCUGUCCCACGGCCACGGCCAGGAGUGUGGCUUUGUGCCAGACAUCCGGCUGCCAGCGCCAGGCAGCGCGGCCCCGCUGGUUUGGGAGUGCGUGGCCGGGCACCGCUUCUCCUGGGGUGGCUCUGGGGGUCCCAGCAGCCCCUCCUGCCACCCCCCAAAAGAGGCCCAGGGGUGCGGCCCCUCGCUGGGCGCUGGGCGCCGGCGCUCGCUCCGCAGGGCCACGCUGGAGGGGACGGCCAGGUCACCCCAUGGAGAUAGGGAUGGGGACGAGGACACAGGACGUGGUGAUGCUGGUGGCACAGCCCCCCAGGUGCUGCUGGAACCGGGGCCUGUGGUGGCAGCUGGCGAGAGCAGCGCCGUCCCCGGGGACGACGCAGAGCCAGGAGUUGAGCCCCGAGAGGAAGAGGAGGAAGAGGAGGACGAGGACUUUGCCAAGGGUGAUGACCUGGCCUACACCGACGACCUGCGUGAUGAGAACUAUCACCCAUCCCUGGACAGCACCUCAGAGCCGCAGCGGCGCCAGAGCCAGCCCAAGGCUCGCAAGAAGCCAGCCAAGGAGGAGCAGCCCCUGCUCGAGCCAGCCCUGCCCAGCUCUGGCUCCUUGGAGGAGAAGAGCAGGCGGGUCAGUUGCCGUCGGCAGCCACAAGCAGGAGACAAGGACAUGGCUCAGAUCGGCCCCAAGAGGAUCAGGAAGGCAGCGAAGCGCGAGAUCCUCCUGUGUGACUUCGAAGGCUGCGGCAAAAUCUUCUCCAACCGCCAGUACCUGAACGUGAGUGCCUGGGAAGACCUUUCUGGAGCACUGGGGAGCCUCGGUGGGGUGUCCUGGGAGCUGAUUGAUAGGUUUUCUUCCCCCCCGCCCCGGCAGCACCACCAGAAGUACCAGCACGUGCACCAGAAAACCUUCACCUGCUCUGAGCCCACCUGUGGGAAAUCCUUCAACUUCAAGAAACACCUGAAGGAACACGAGAAGCUGCACAGUGACAAGCGGGAUUACAUCUGUGAGUUCUGUGCGCGCUCCUUCCGCACCAGCAGCAACCUGAUCAUCCACCGACGGAUCCACACUGGGGAGAAGCCACUCCAGUGUGAAAUCUGUGGCUUCACCUGCCGCCAAAAAGCCUCCCUGAACUGGCACAUGAGGAAACACGACGCCGACUCCUUCUACCAAUUCCCGUGUGAUGUCUGUGGCAAGAGGUUCGAGAAGCGGGACAACGUCACCGCCCACAAGAGCAAGAGCCACCCCGGGGGGCUCCCCCAUCCCGAGGGAACCCGGCAGCACCCGGAGCCCCCCGGGCCCGUGGAGCCUCUGGAGCUGCUUGGGGAUGUCCUGGGCAGAGGGGGGGAUGCAGGGAGGACCCCACUGGAGUUUGGGGUGGGGGGCGCUGGGCAGGACCCAGGCACGCCCCAGGGCCACGGGGUGGGUGACGGGGGGUCCUAGAGGGCUCUUCCCCCAGUUUGGGGACUGGAGCAAAACUGGGGGUGAUGCUGGACGGUGCAGCAGCUCCAGGUGCCAAAAAUACACGGGAGAGGCAAAACUGGGGAAAAUCGCAGUUUUUCAGCCAAAUCCUAGAUGAAAUCCCAAGUUUUCAGCCAAAUCCCAAUUUUUUUUUGCCAAAUCCCAGCCUCCCUUGAGCCCAGCAGUAUUGCCACAAGUGGAUCCUCAAUAAAGACUUAUUUUGGGUAAAAGUGGGAUUUGGUGUCAGAUUUUUAUGGGAAAAAGAUAGAAAAGUGGUAUUUGGAUGGUCUGGAAAAUGGGUUGGAGAGGGGGUGGAGACACCAAACACCCAGGAACUGGGGACCCUAACUGGGAUGAGAGGGAGCUCCCAGUGAGUCUGUGCCUCCAAACUGGGAUGGGUGGGAGCUCCCAGUCAGGCUGUUCUCCCAAACGGUGAUGGGUGGGAGCACACAUUUGAGCUGUGCCCCAAAAAUGGGAUGAGACAAUGCCCAGUGGGGCUGCGCCCCAAAAGUGGGAGCUCCCAGUGCUUCAGACUUCUCCUUUACACUUAAUUUAAUUUUCGUUUUAAAACUCUGAUUUAAAUUUGAACCUACAGAUACUUGGAAGCUCCAAGUUGGGACCGUGUAGUGAAUUGCAAGUGUCCCCAAAACCCCUUGGUGCUCUACCCCAGCAGGUUAC